CAACCGCCGAUUACCAAUUAAACGACGUCGCUUCAACAUCUUCCUCUUUCGGUCUACCCCAAUUCUCAUGUUUUUCCGUUAUAUAUCGCGGAUUAGGGUUUCAAAUUCCUCUUCCUCUCCUUCCAAGCAAAGCUCCAAGUCAAAAAGGCUUCAAGCAACAAUCUUUGUAACAAGAAACAAUUAGGCCAUAUAUGGACAGCAGCAUCUCCUAUCUCUCCGUCUGCAGAGGAUGCAGCCCUAAAAGCUUCAUUGUCCACUUCCUCUCCGCGGCCUCCAUCGUCAUUUCGGUCACCUUCUUCCUUUCCAGCGAGUCCUCUCAUGGCCUCCGCUCCAACCUCUCAUCGCGCAGCCCUCGAGUCUGGCCCAAGCUGGAGGUGAACUGGCGGAGCGCGCUAGCCACAAUCAUCGGUUUCCUCGGCUCGGCCUUCGGUACGGUCGGUGGUGUAGGCGGAGGCGGCAUCUUUGUUCCAAUGCUUAAUCUCAUCGUCGGCUUCGACACCAAAUCCGCCGCAGCUCUCUCGAAAUGUAUGAUCAUGGGCGCAUCGGCUUCUUCUGUUUGGUAUAAUCUACGGGUUUCACACCCAUCGAAGGAGGUGCCCAUCAUAGACUAUGACCUUGCCCUGCUCUUCCAGCCUAUGCUGAUGCUGGGAAUCACCAUUGGCGUCGCUCUUAGCGUUGUCUUUCCUUAUUGGCUCAUCAGCGUUCUCAUCAUCAUUCUCUUUUUGGGCACUUCAUCAAGGUCUUUCUUCAAAGGAAUCCAGAUGUGGAAAGAGGAAACUAUCAUUAAGAUGGAAACGGAGAAGAAAGAGAUGGAGGCGAAAGCUAGAUCUGAACGGAGUGAUGUUAUAGUAGAUUCUCUAUACGAGCCUCUGCUUCCCCCGGCGCAGGAAAAGUCCGGAAUAGAUAUUUUACUUCUAAACCUACGUUGGAAACGCAUACUGGCCCUGAUGCUCGUUUGGUUCUCCUUCCUCCUCCUCCAGAUUCUCAAGAAUGGCACAGAGGUCUGCAGCACCUUCUAUUGGCUCUUCAACAUCCUCCAGUUUCCUGUUGCGUUGAGCGUGUACGCGUGGGAGGCUACUCGGCUGUGGCGAGAGAGCAGGUCAAGGCGUCAGCGUGGAGUCUGGGAGUGCGUAUGCGAGGCGUCAAUCGAGUGGAGCGCGCUUCAACUCUUGUUAUGCGCUCUCUGUGGUCUCCUUGGCGGUACCGUCGGCGGCCUUCUGGGUUCCGGCGGAGGCUUCAUCCUUGGACCUUUAUUACUCGAGAUUGGCGUAAUACCCCAGGUUGCCAGCGCUACAGCUACAUUUGUUAUGCUGUUCUCAUCAUCACUAUCAGUUGUGGAGUUCUAUUUUCUCAAAAGAUUUCCUAUGCCUUAUGCCGUUUACCUGAUAGCUGUAUCCGUAAUGGCUGGAUUCUGGGGUCAGUUCUUCGUAAGGAAGCUAGUGAAGGUUCUGAAGAGAGCUUCCAUCAUCGUCUUCAUCCUCUCUGCAGUCAUCUUCGCAAGUGCACUAACUAUGGGUGUGGUGGGUGCUGAGAAAAGUAUCUUCAUGAUCAAGCAUCAUGAGUACAUGGGCUUUCUUAGACUUUGCCAGAGCUGAUCGAUCAAUAGAAGGAAAUUAUCUUCUAGUAUUGGGAAGGAGUGUGGGGUCAAUACCUUAUUGACCGAAAUCACUCGAAAAAUAAGUGCUGAUGCAUCUUAGGCUUUUUGCAAAUUAGCAUUUGAACUUAUCAAUUGUUGCCUUUUAAAUAAUCCAUUAUGUUUUUGUGUCCAAUGUUUAUUUGGACAGUCAUGGUAAAUGUAUCCUAUGAUAUCUUUAUGAAUUAUUUACGUGGAUUUAUUAUGUCAGGAAACAUCUUUUUUAAUUUUA